AUGUCGGAGACUGGGAAUCGACUCCGGAAACUUCUCGAAUCGCCUAAUUUCGACUCGCAGAGCUACGUGAAGCAGCUCUCCCAGCAGUCCGAUGGCGACAGAGAUUUGCAAGAGCACCGCCAGAAGAUCCAAAACCUGGCGGACGAAACGGCUCAAAACCUGAAGAAAAACGUGUACAAAAACUACAGGCAGUUCAUAGAGACGGCAAAGGAGAUCUCCUAUUUGGAAAGCGAGAUGUAUCAACUGAGUCACAUCCUCACAGAGCAAAAAAGCAUCAUGGAAAGCAUCACUCAGGCCUUGAUGUCUGCAGAUAAGGAUGAAACUUCUAAAGAAAUGCAGGCUGCUUUCCCUAAAGAAACAGAGGAGCUCAAGCAAAGAACACUCACUUCACUCUUGGAGAAGAGCUUUGCUGUGGUCAAUGUGAAAGACAACCCUCCAAUGAAAGACAUGUUCAAGAUAUUAAUGUUUCCAGAUAGCCGCAUCUUCCAAGCAGAGAACAGCAAGAUAAAGAAAGAAUGGCUUGAGAUUCUGGAUGAGACAAAGAAGAAUAAAGUGUCAAAAGAUAAGCAUACAAAGGAGGAGGUGGUCCCCACUUCUCCGGUCAGAGCUGAGGUGUCCACCAAUCCCUUUGACGUGGAGGAUGAAGAGCAGGCAGACUCACAAGACGACGUGAAUUUGAAUAUGGAGUGGAUACAGGAGCUGCCGGAGGACCUCGACGUCUGCAUCGCUCAGAGGGAUUUUGAGGGAGCUGUGGAUCUUCUGGACAAGCUCAAUGAGUAUCUGAAGGACCAGCCGGUGACGCCCAAAGUGAAAGAUCUGAGGUCCAAAGUGGAGGAGAGAGUGCGACAGCUGACAGAGGUGCUGGUGUUCGAGCUGUCUCCAGACCGGUCUCUGCGAGGGGGACCCAAAGCCACCAGACGAGCAGUGUCCCAGCUCAUCAGACUAGGUCAAUCCACCAAAGCCUGCGAGUUGUUUUUGAGGAAUCGUGCAGCUGCUGUCCAGACGGCGAUCCGACAGCUCAGAAUCGAAGGAGCCACAUUGCUCUACAUCCACAAACUCUGCAACAUCUUCUUCACCAGUUUAUUGGAGACGGCCAAAGAGUUUGAGAUGGACUUUGCAGGAAACACAGGAUGCUACUCGGCCUUCGUCGUCUGGUCUGGAUCUGCCAUGAAAAUGUUUGUGAAUGCCUUCAGUAAGCAGGUGUUUGACAGUAAAGAAAGCCUGUCCACUGCAGCGGAGUGUGUGAAAGUGGCCAAGGAGCACUGCCAGCAGCUGACGGAGAUCGGGCUGGACCUGACCUUCACGCUGCAGUCUCUUCUGGUCAAAGACAUCCGGGCGGCGCUACAGAGCUACAAAGACAUCAUCAUCGAAGCCACGAAACACCGGAACUCUGAGGAAAUGUGGAGGAAGAUGAACCUCAUGACACCGGAGGCACUGGCCAAACUGAAGGAGGAGAUGCGCAGUUGCGGCAUCAGCACCUUCGACCAGUACACGGGGGAGGACUGCUGGGUCAACCUGAGCUACACCAUCGUGGCCUUCACCAAACAGACCAUGAACUUCUUGGAGGAAGGCCUCAAACUCUACUUCCCGGAGCUCCACAUGGUUCUCCUGGAGAGCCUGCGGGAGAUCAUCCUGGUGGCGGUGCAGCACGUGGACUACAGUCUCCGCUGCGAGCAAGACGCCGAGAAGAAAGCGUUCAUCGUCCAAAACGCCACCUUCCUCCACGACAUGGUACUGCCCGUGGUGGAGCUGAGGUUCGAGGAGAGCGUGGGGAAACCGGCCAAGCAGCUCCAGGACCUGAGGAAGAGCUCCAGGCCGGUGCGCAUCAACCCAGAGAGCACAACGUCCCUGGUCUGA